GGGAAAUUUCCUCACAUUGGUAGCUACUUGCCAGCAGUUAAGUUAUAAUUCUAUUCAAUACUUUUUGAUAAAUUAUUAAUCUUAAAUUAAUAAUUGCUAGUUUGCAGGAAUGUUGAGUAACGAGGCUUUUCAGAGACAAUUAUCUACCAUUGUCGAGGUAUUAGUUGCAGCGUCAGUCGCGGAGAUGGGCAGACUCCUCGAUGAGUGCUCUGCUACUGUUAUGCCUCUAAAGUUGGUCCAGCAGAAUGAGGAAAGUAUUUUGCUGAAGAGUAGGCUUCAACGUGCUAACAAAAUCAAUACAAGACAAUUUUCAUCAUUCAUGGAGAUGUUGGGUAAAACAUUGUUGGAAAAAAUGGCAAUGUUAAUGAAUGUGAUCAUGGUCGAAAAGGAGAAGACUGCCACAGGCAUGAGCGCCCAGAGGUGUGUCAGUCGGGCAAAGGGGACAGAGGAAGGAGCACCAAGAGGAGACAGUCUUCAUUUCCACAACUACUGCACUGACCCCGUCUCUGAGAGUGCUCAUCAAGAGGAGGAUGACUUUAACCCCCAGACCUCACCUGCCUCAGAGACACAAGACAACCAGAGAAACACGGAGCCAAACUUAGGCAGGAAUGGAGAAGAUGCCCAGUGUGGAGGGGAACCUACUGGAGGAGACAGUCUUCAUUUCCACAAUGACUGCACUGACCCUGUCUCUGAGAGUGCUCAUCAAGAGGAGGAUGACUUUAACCCCCAGACCUCACCUGCCUCAGAGACACAAGACAACCAGAGAAACACGGAGCCAAACUUAGGCAGGAAUGGAGAAGAUGCCCAGUGUGGAGGGGAACCUACUGGAGGAGACAGUCUUCAUUUCCACAACUACUGCACUGACCCCGUCUCUGAGAGUGCUCAUCAAGAGGAGGAUGACUUUAACCCCCAGACCUCACCUGCCUCAGAGACACAAGACAACCAGAGAAACACGGAGCCAAACUCAGGCAGGAAUGGAGAAGAUGCCCAGUGUGGAGGGGAACCUACUGGAGAUGUGGUAUUGCUCUCUGAAUUUGAUCAUCAAGAGGAAGUUCACCUUAAUCCCCAGCUCUCACCUUCAUCAGACCCAGAGAAACAAGAUGGCAAGCCCUCAAACAUGGAGCCAAACCCAGGCAGGAUUGGAGAAGAUGUCCAGAAUGGUGAUUCUUCAAAUACAGACCAAAAUUCAGAUACAAGUGAUGCCACCGGAGCAGUGAAGAGGCCAUUCAUUUGCGACGUUUGUGGAAAGUGUUUUCGAUUGGAGAUGCACGCUUAAAGCCCACCGUAAUCAUCACACCAAACCCUUUAGCUGCCCACAGUGUGGGAAAGGUUUUGGUACGAAGACUGGGUGU